UUCAUAACCUAAGUCUUGUUCCCCUUUUCUUCUUCUUCUCUGUUUAUCACGCUUUUAUUUUUUUUUGCCUCCUUCAAUACUCUUUGCUGUCUAAGAACAAAGAAAGUUGUCUCUACCAAAUAAGCUAAUGGGUGACAAGAAGAAGGCUGGCGCUCUAUUCGUGAGGCUUGUUUCAGCUGCUGGAACUGGAUUUUUCUAUGUGAAGAAGAAGACCAAAACACUUGUAACGAAUCAGACCAAGCUUGAAUUUAGAAAGUUUGAUCCUCGUGUGAAUUGUCAUGUUCUGUUCAAGGAAGAAAAGAUGAAGUGAUGCAAACGCCAAACUUAUUCCAAAUCAUCUUUUUAACUGUUAGCUUUCAUUUUUGCAGCAGCCAGUUGUGAAAUUAGACAAUAGGACCUUUGGCUCACUUGUGCUACAACAAUAAUGUUUGUUUGUUUAGUUUUAUUUAUGCAGUUCUCUGAA